ACUGCACGUAGUGACUAAAAUAUUCCAUCAAAAAUCAGUAUAAUGGCCUAUUUCGAGUACUUUCCGAUCCAUGGAACUCGAUACUCGUUGCCCUUCAUCUCUUGUAAUGAUGAGGUGUUUUGGUGUCAAACUUCUCCGAAGGCAACACCCUCUUCCGCAUGCAUGCCCUCGUCUACCUCGUCUAGCUCGUCUACCUCGUCUUCAAGCUCUUCAGCUAAUGGGGAGCAUAGUACCUCAGUAUCUCCGUCAACCAGUGCCACAAACUUCAUGACCUCGUCUUCGUGGCAGAGGUACAGACCUGCAACCUUGUUGGAGAGGUAUGUCUCGCAACCGGAAGGCAUGCAACGGAUUCGAGC